UGCUCUUACAUGCUUGCAUGAUUUUUAUCGGACAUGUGGUCUUUGUCGUAUGUCAGCUAGAGAGUCUCGCCGAAGAGUCCGCAGACUCCUUUUGAUGUGCCUUGCGAUUUCUAGAGGCGCACUUUGCCUUUUUCAGGGCUAGGAGAAAAUCAACAAAUUUGCUCGAAUAAAUCAACAAGUGCUGAGAUGUCUUAUUUGAGUUGCAACUAUCAGACUCCUCCUGUAAGCUGUAAAACCGAUUCCCCGUCCAGCUCACUUGUGCUCCACGUUGUCCGUUCUCGGGGGCCCAAUCCAGUCCACGGAAGGUGGCAUCACGACGGAACUAACCGACCGCCAUUCCAACACCACCAAUAAUACUAUGGGCAUAUCAGACAAGAUCGAACGCCAGGAGUGCAUUAGCGAGGCUGCCCGUACCCUCAACCUCAUGGAUGCCCAUCAGAAGGAUCAGCAGCAACAACACCUUAAUCCUCUCCAUCAUCAUCACAAAUUGUCUGUUAUGCGACUUGUGGGAGACAAAUCGCCGCGGCCUGCCUCAAGCCCUGAGCAAGUAAAAGCUCGCCAGCAAGAGGCAGUUGCUGAAGAUUUGUCCGUAACAGCGGCAGUAGAUGAAGUGGACAGUGGGGAUGAAAAUAUCAGUGUUGCUGAUGAGGAUGUUGACAACAACAAAUGUUCUGCUUCUGCUGAGUCCAUGAUGGAGGGAGAUGAUUUUCCGAAGAGAAAACAAAGACGUUACAGGACGACAUUUACUAGCUAUCAACUCGAAGAGCUGGAAAAAGCUUUCGCAAGAACGCAUUACCCAGAUGUGUUUACUAGGGAAGAACUGGCAAUGAGGGUCGAUCUCACGGAAGCAAGAGUUCAGGUAUGGUUUCAAAAUAGAAGAGCGAAGUGGAGAAAGCAAGAAAAAGCAGCUGGUGGUCAAUCCCAAAGUCAAGGGUACAACCCAUAUUCCGCUACUACUGCACUACCAUCCGUACCAGCUUCAACACCAGGUUCAGCAAAACCUUUCAGUGCUCUUGGUUACUCACGUUCUUAUGAUCUGGGUCUAUUAAAUGCUGCUGCAGCCGCCCAUCAUCAUCAUCAUCACCAGUUUCCACCUCCUUAUUUACCACCUCCUGGGCUGUCUCUGUUUCGACCAGCUCCAAGUUUUUUAUCUCCAGCUAGUUACACUCUCCGUGAUCUGCCGUAUUCCAGUUUGUUUCCAGCAGCAGCUUUAUCGUCCCCAUAUUCGGUAGCUGGGUCAUUCCCUCCAACAUCAUUUCAGAGCUUAUUGGUCAAUCUGUCUGCUCAGAACAGACCAAAGCUGACUACUCCUCCCGAUUUGAGCCCUGUUGCUACUGAACCUUAUCCCAGUUUGUUGACUGCUGCGGGUGCAGCAAGUACUCAUUCGACUCCCGCUGCCGUAACUCAACCAUCGCCUGCAAUUUCACCGCCAACUGUUCCUCCUAGACCAUCUACGGGCUCCCCAGUCUCACCGCCUGCAACAGGCCCUGUAGAUCUCGAUCGAAGGAGCUCAAGUAUUGCUGCACUAAGACUGAAAGCUCGCGAACAUGAAGUAAGAAUGGAAUUGCUGAGAAAAGCUAAUGGAGAAGUGAGCUGAGUUAUAUAUGUAAGAAGAAAGGCAUUGAUUCUGCUCUCCGCAGGGUAUAAUACAGAUGAAUUCGAGCUGAAGCACAUCUUUUGAUGCACUGCAACUCCAAAGAUUAUACUAGUGAAAUAAAAACUCAAAUCUCCUCGGAGAUGAGACAGAACUUAUCUCGAUUCCCUGCUGAAUUCGAACAGACUUCAUAAAGUUCUAAGCCGUCCUUUUGAAUAGUUUUUAAAUAAGGACAGGAAUAUUUAACACAGAACUGACUGUCAUAAAUACACGCGCUUACUUCUAAGCUUAUAUCGACUUUUGAAGUCUUUCAACAUUUACAUUACUUCAACAAUUGUAAGAUUUCCUUUUUGUAUUGACAUUGCCUUAUACUGUUUUCAGACGUAUUGUCUUUAAGAUACAAUGAUAAGAUCAUGGUUUCCCGGUAUUUAUGUGUAUAGCAGAUGAUAUUCUAGCGUUUUACUUAGUACGACCUUAAACAAAUUACUGAGUAUUAGGAAGUCAAUUUGAAUUUAAAAGAUUUUCAACUCCCUACAUCAAAUAUGCAUAUGUUAUGCAAGAUUAUUCUCAUGCAUUUUUUUUUUAUUCUCUAUGUACUUUUCUAAAUAUGAAAGUACGACAAAAAUCUAUUUGAAUUAGCAUUUGGUGAUAACUUUUAUUUUUUCAUGCAGAGGGUACGUAUUUAAUAAAAAGUUGCCUAACGGAAAACAUAUUUUUAUUUCACGAUUAAACUGUUCAAUUACAAAAGCUAUAUUAAAUGAGACUAUAUGAGCAUAGACUUAAUAUCACGGCUACAGAUAAUGUUGUCUUUCACAACUCCUAGGUUUACUUUCAAAUACCUAUUUCAAAAUACGUUGCUAUUUUAAUGAAUAUGUAUAUAAAAGAUUCAAAGAUGCAUUUCAUUAUUAUUUUAGUUACGAAUCUUAAUCGUAGUUUAAUGAUUCUAAAAUGUAAAAUAAAGUGAAGCGCUUGCUUGAUGUUUAUUCGACUUUUUACAUAACAUCAAGGGAAUGCCGAUAUUUAUCAGUUAAAGUUAAAGAAUUACGACAUCUUUCUUUUGUCAAUUUUUGUUAAAUAAAUGUAUGAAAUUUAUAUGUUAACAUAGAAAAUGUAGAACUAAAUAACAUUUAACAUGCAUUUGGAGCAAAAAUGCAGGACUCGGAAUAGUAUUCAUAAUAAAGUUCUACUUAAAAUUAAUUUAGUUCAACGAAAAAUGUCACUAAAUCAAUCGCAGCAUACAAUUAGAUAUUAAAAGCUCUCAUAGUUCAACAACAUAAUUUUUAACACGUAUAAUUACUUGUUAUGGAUAAAUGAAACAUGAAAAUUAUGAUAUUUAUAUAUUUUUUCCUAGAAAAAGCUUAAUUCAAGGAAGAUUAUGACUUGAAGGAUGAAUUUAUUUUUCAUUGUGAAUUUAAAAUGUAGCCUGUUAGUUCAUAUAUUUUUAUUUUUCCUCAGCAUAAUUAUUAUUGAAAUAGAUAUUGAAUGCAAGCGAUUUCACUCAUUACUAACCAAUUGAUAUAUUAGAAAUUCAAAUUAGAUUUUUGAUUACACAUACUUUCUAAAAUUAUUGCGCAACUUAAAAGGUAUGUCAGUUAAUUGCGAAAAUAAAAAAAAAUUAAAAUUAUCUUAUGUUUAAUCUUCGGAAAUUAUACUUAAAAAAGUAGAAUGAAUUGAUUUGCUUCAAUUAAAUGUUCUGUUUGUGUUUUUGAAACAUGUGUUUUUAUCAAGUUGAUUAAUGUCCUUUUGAUGAGAUCUUACUGUGAUCGUUCAUGUGCAGUUAUGAAGUUCACAUGCAGCAUAGUGCAUAUAUAUGUAUAUCCGUCCAGAAGUAAAAGUAUAUAGUUAUCACAUUUUUGAUUUUAACAUCCGUCCAAACCUGUUCCUUAUACAAAUGUCAUUAUGACAUUGAAUUAUGAUAUGAAUAUUUAUAGAACAACUUUACUCAAAGUAUAUUGUAUGAUGGAUAGUAUAUAAUAAACGUUUGUUGCAGUACUUAAUAUCUUUUCUACACAUUUAUAAAAUAAAUUGAAAAGCUGCUUAAAAUUAAAACUAUAUAUUAUAAAACUUUGGCCCUCUAACUGUAAAAAAAAUUCUCCUUUUAUAUAAGAAUGUUCAGUUACUAAAGUAACUUCAGUUACUAAAAUUUUAAGUAUCAAGAUAAAAACUUUGUAAACAUAUUAAUUUAUGCUUCAAAGGAAGCUUUUAAAGAGGUUUGUUUAGAAAAUGAAUAUAUAAUUAGUGAUCUGAUAUUAAAAUGUUAUUUUGAAUCAA